AGAAGAGGUCUCUAUCUUUGUCCAAGUUUUUGUUUGUUUUUUUUUACAGCUUUAUUAAGGUAUAAUUGUUGUUUAGAUUAUUUAAACAUGCAUUACUCCACUAACAGCUCUUGGCUGAACUGCCUGACAAGGACGAAUCACAGCUAGGUCCGACCGGUCCCAACCUGAAUAUCAAGUAAAGAUCAAGAAGGAAGCAACCGCAUUCAGGACAGGGAAAGCCCGCCUCCCUUACUUCCGGUCCCGCCCUUCUCUAGGAGCGCGACGGAGAUUGGCCCCCGGAGCGGAGGGCGCGGACUGGGCGGGACUUCCGGUCUUUUUCCGGAGAGGAAAGACGCUUCCCCCGGUUGCGGGAAGAUUUGAAUUGCUGUUGAUUUCCUGUGUUUUCUUUGCGGGUUCAUAGUUGGCGCUGCCGCCCUUUUCCCGCUACCCUGACACGACGGACGUCUCGUCCAGAGCACUCUCUCUGUGACCUUAUUCCUCUGCGGCUGUGAUUGUUUUCUCUCAUCAAGAAACAUCACCGUUGGUAAUUUGUCAAAUUCAAGAAAUAUCCCUGGAGAAGCGGUCGUGGGCAGGCUUCAAGCAUUUUGGCAAAUUAAAGGGGCCUUUGGCCUCAUUUCUAGGAAUUUUCAUCUCAGAACUGCCGUGUGAGUCCCAGACGUUGGUUAUUGUUUUGUCUUCACCCUGGAAGGACAUUUCAUCCAUAGUCCUAGGAAUGGCAGCGGAAGUGCGAAUGGUACUUUAUGAAGACGAUUCAGUGCAAGUGCAAUAUGUUGAUGGUUCCAGACUGCAGCUUUCUCCAUGUGGCUCUGAAUUUUUAUUUGAAAAGGCACCUCCUGUUUCAGCACAUCCUUUAGAACAACCAGAAAGAAUUCGUCAAAGGACACACUUCGUUAUUAGCACUUACCGAGAGCAACUACAGCGAGCCCUAGAUUUUCGAAAUUCUUUUGCUGUUUGCCCUUUUUUAUCUGAAACCAUCAUACCUUCUGAAAGAAAAAAGCGUAUCUUCAUUGACUUCUCAGAAGUGAGAUGGCCCAGUCCUGACACUGCUGAUGGUGUGGUAUGUACGCAGAGGGGCAGCGUGAAGAUAGCAUCGUUGGAUGGGCACGCAUACCUUUGCCUUCCCAGAUCGCAGCAUGAAUUUAUAGUACAUUUUUUGUGUAAAGUAAGCCAGAAGCCAGACUCGUCUUUAGUAUUGUCAGAAAAGAAGAAUCAAGCCAGAAAGGACAAACUAGUUGAGAAAGCAGGCAAAAUCUGUACAUAUGGAAGUUUAUCAAGACAGAGACUGAAGAAUAAAGAAAAUGACCUUUAUUGUCAGCUCACGAAAUCCAAGGAACCUUUAGAGAAGAAGAGCUGUGUAGAUGGAGCUGAAAGGAGGGAGGAGCCACCCCCGCCUGGUACACGACACACGUGUGUAUACACAUGGGUGAAGCAGCGCUGGCCUGUGGCCUCCUGUCCAGAGGAAUGGAAAUAUCCUUUGUCUUUAGCACUUCAUUUUCAUAAUAAAAUCAGCAGUAUGUCAAGAAGUGAUGCAGACAUCACCCGGAGUAGAACGUUAACUUCUGAGAUUUCAGAGGAAAGAGGAAAAGAGGUUUCUGCUCUUCCCAGGGCCCUGUUACUCAGCUGUCCUGUCCCCCACCUGCACAGGUGGAAUUUUUGUGAUUCACUUUCACAAAGACAGUUUGAUGAAGAAUAUUCCUAUGCUGAGCUAGUGAAAGUGGUUUGGUACAAAGGUGUAACUUACCGACUAAACCAUAAAAAUGUGAACUCAAUAGAGAUUUAUCCUGGAGAUGGAUCUGUUUUCAAAUCAGAGGGAGCUUAUUUUGGGAGGUAUUUUACAUAUUAUUCCAUUCAAGAAGGAUCAGAAGAGAGAGAAGAGAAAACUUACUCAGUAAAUAACCUUCCUCCGGACAGACCAGGAAGUCUGUUCUCUGUGUGUUCUCUACUUAAACAGGCAACCAGAAUUCUUCAACACUGUGCCAAGACAAGGCUUUCUUUAAGCCAUAAUUAUCGUAUAUGCUGCUGGAAAAUGGUACCUGGGAUAAAUGAUAGCAGUAUACUGCCUUUGCUUUUGAGAGAAUCAAUCAUACCCAGCGUGGGAAGAUUUCUUGCAUACUCUGAUGACAAAGUACAUGCUGUCUUUUUAGAUGGCAUUACUCUAACCCUAAAUUGGAAUUUCAGCUCUUUUAUUGAAAAGAGACAGGUAAAUCAAGGUCUCAAUUUAGGUUGGUGUAAGUUAACUUUUCCCGAUGGACAAGAUCAGUUAAUUCAAAUUGAACACCCUGGACCAUACGAAAGCUAUGUGAUAGCGGUUGUAUCAUGGUGCAGAAGACUGACCCAGACUAGUGAGAGAGAGAUGCCCACACAUUCUUCAUCUUCUGUUAUUGAAGAAAAUUGGUCUGUGGCCUCUGAACUUGAAAAGAUAAAGAAAUUUAACCUUUUAUUGGAAAAUAGUGGUAUCCUAAACCAGAUUUCUAACAAAAAAAACAAAGAGUCAUCUGAUCAUUAUGAACCAAAAUCUCCAGAAACCUUGCUGGAAGAAGUUAAUGAAGAGAGAGUAUCAGUGGCAUUGAAAAAAACCUCUGAAAUCCUUCAGGAUAUUGACUGUCUUCUAUCAAGUUCUAAAAAGUGAAAAAUGGAAUUAUUAUAAACCUUAAGGAUGUUGUUUCAACUGACUAGUAUAAAAUUACUAGUAAGCCAAGAAAUUAUAUAUAUUACUUCUGUGCAAUGAUUAUAUAAAAAAUGACAUUUAACUUUGGAGGUUACCUAACUUGUAAAUUUUAAACUAUAUGUUUAUAAUGUAUUUUAUUAAUAAAGAACUGUUUUAGGAUUUUGAACAAUUUCUUAUUUCAGAUUUAUGAGAAAAACUUAUAAAAUUAUAGUUGCUGUUUUAGCUUGUGGAGCAUUCACUAUUAAUCCUCAAGUUUUGUUUUGUUUUUUUUUCCUUCUUAAAUAUGCAGAAUUGUGUGUAUUUGGUCAUUUGCUUUUUGGUCUCCAAAUAUUUUUCAACAGAACUACCAAAAGAGAAUUAGAUCUUUAUAUAUAUAUAUAUAUAUAUAUAUAUAUAUAUAUAUGCAAUAUUGCUUCAAGCUAAGAAUUGGGCACUUCAGCAAAGACCAAAUUUCAUCUGAAUUGUCUGAUUA